CCAGGGGCUCGCCAGCGGUCUGCCAGCUGCCAGCCCGUACUGCGAUCCAUCCUGACCGCCCGCCUCCUUGCAAGUCCUGGGCCUUUCUCCCCCUUUGAGCCAGAGCCAACACCAUGCAGACGGCAAUGCUUGGCCUGCUUUGAGGAUCCAGCAGCAGCCAAUACCGCACUAGCCCGCCUUCUCCUGCCGGCAGCGAACCUCAACUCUACAACCUACCCCGACCUGGACAGACACAGACGACCAGAUCCAAGAUCGGCUCCAGCCAUCCACAUCCACAACCCAGCCCGCACUCACCCAGAGCCGCCCUCACCCGAGCCUCGCCGCGCCCGCUACGAGUCUAACUCACGGCGACCACUACUCCUGGCAAACUGCUGCCGCUGCCGAGCGUUGCUCAAUCAACUGCCCGCGCGGCCCCGAGCCUUGCUCGCUCUCCCUUCGUCCCACCACCGCCACUGCGCCAGCGCACCCCCUUUUCUUGAGAACCGACCGACUCCUCCGCCGAUCCCGCCUCCCGAUUGUCUCGCCCAUGAUAGAGCCACCCCGUGGACUAAAGCCCUCGUCCCCGCGUGACUGCCCGCCCGCCCGCCUGCUUGCUCCCAAGCCCCAGGGAAGCGUUGGCCUGGGCCAGCACGCUGUCCCGGUCUGAGAGCUGCAGAUGAUGACCUCGUCUCGACCCCGCGAUGUCGGCGGCAGCUUCUCGAGCCGACGAGGCCACGCCCCUCAACUCUCCAUCUCCGACCCGAGCCACCAUGUCACUGAGGCAAUAGGCACCAUGUACGGAGACAGCGACGACGAGUCGGGCCCCGACAGCCGCCGCGAGAGUCGCCAAGACCACCUACCCUCUCCCGAGACCGCCAGGAAAGGUCGCCCACUGAGCUUCCUCUCUUCGCCUGCCGGAGGAGAGCAGAUACGGUCCCCCGAAGGCACCGCCCACGUGCUCCCCGAAGCGCGCCAGAAGCUCGCGCGAUCGACAUCUGAGAAGACCAUGGCUACCUUGGCGAUUCCUACAGGCGACGAUGACGCGAAUGGCCUCAAAAAGUCGCAAACAAUGCCCGCCCGCGCCUCGAGCAAGCGUACGGGCUCAUCAGACGGUCCGGCCUCGCCAGGCCCCAUGUCGCCAAUGUCACCAACCCUGUCACUGCGGGACGUACAAGAGGCCGAGUCGUCGCAAUUUCCGCUAGGAAGCAUUGACAAUCCCAACGACAUCGCCCAGGAGCUCAGCAACCUGCAGGCGCUCCGACGCAUGUCCAUGGACGUCGGAAACAACAGCGACCCCGACCUGCUGCCAUUUUCCGGAAUCUCGCUCAUGGCCAUGCCGAGCAUAGCGCCCAGCGGGGAGGAUGAUGCCGGCGACUUGUCGCGCCUGCUCUGGGUGCCCGCAAAGGUGCACCCCGAGCUGGCCCCAGAUCAGUUCAAAAACUUUCUCGAAGACAGGGUCAAGACCAUCAAGAGGCGGUCGGGCGAUUCCAUGCUGUCGGUCGACGGGCUCGACAGGAGCAACUCGGCCGGUCUGAGGAGGAAAAAGUCGAUGCUCUCGAGACAGAUCGACAGCACUAGCAGCAGUGCAGCCGACGACGCAUUCGAGCGGCUAGGGCGUCAGCAUUCGACCAACGGGAGAUCUGGCCCGGAGCUCAGUCUCAACGAGCUCGUCAAGGAUCCCACCAGGGCUGUCCAAAGGCUAGCGCAGGAGACCCAAGAAGCCGCCGCGCAGGGGGACAUGCCCAUACUGCCCGUCGCUCCUGGCAUGGGCCUCAGGAGAUCAACAAGAACCACGUAUAGGAAAGGAGGCAGCCUUCGCUCUGGGGACCGCGCCCCUUUUGCCAAGCGGGUUGCUGCCAGAGACGCUGAGAAAGACGGAGACAAGGACGUCGAUGACCCGACAGUGCCGCCCAUCCCAAAGAUAGAAGCGACCCCACCAGGACAUGGCCUCAGCCGCGUCCAGAGCGAGCCUGUGGCUGCUGGCGAGACGAACUUCUCCCGCCCGACAAGGUCAGUCAGGAGGCAGCAGCCGUUCCAGAGAGACGUCUUGUCACCGACGUCGCCCUCAGCUACGGAUCCAUCGGCAGCCUCCUCCCCAUCCGCACAAUCGCACGUGGACGAAACCCCCAUCAGCCCCGGCACGUCAUUGUCGACACAGCCCAGCGCCUGGGAGAGGCCCAGGACUUCAGACUCGUCUCGCUCGGGCGCCCCUUCGGUUCCGCAGAUCGUCGAGACCCCACCACCUAGGCCUGAGGAAGAGGACGACUCCGUCUCGUCAGACCAAAAGUCUUCCGUGGCCUUCCCGCAGAGGUCGUCAUCGCAAAAGUCGACAGAGAACGAACAAGCCGAUCAGCAACUCCCUCCACGCUCGCAGAAGCGUCCCCCAUCAGCCAAGUCGCACGAGCCCAGCCCGACUGGGGUUCCACCUGCGACAGACGGCUCCAAGGCCCAGAGCCUUGAAAACCUGGCACAGAACCUUACGUCUCCGCCAGGGAGCGGCGGCGCCAACCGGACCGACAGCCUCACCUUCAUCCCCACCCUGUCGCCAGCUGAAGACAAGGAGAAGAGGAAGUCCAAGGAGAAGGACGAGGGCGAGUCCACCAAGUCGACGGCCUGGAAGUGGUUCCGCGGCGAGGACAGGGAGAAGAAAAAGAAGGAGAAGGAAGAGCAAGCCAAGAAGGCGCGCAGCAGGACGUCUGCGGAAAAAGGCCACGACAACGCGAGGUUGGACGUGCUCCAGAACAGCAUCGACAACGCGCUGCAGAGGGGCCGGGAAAGCCUUCUGCUAGACCGCGACUCGGCCGAGAACAAGCUACACGACGAGCGGAAGAAGGAGAGCGGCAGGAAAUCGGGCGAAGGGAAGAAGGAGAAGGACGGCUUCUUCGGCUCCAUCUUUGGCAGCAAAAAGACAAAGGGCGACAAGGACGGAGGGAGCGACUCCAAGUCCUCGCUGGGAGCCGGCGGCGGCCGGGGCAAACAGCGCGCGCUAUCGCCAGAACCGCCCCCGAGGCAGCUCGUGCCCGAUGUCGACUACCACUACACGCGGUUCCCGAUCGUGGAGGAACGAGCAAUCUACCGGAUGGCCCACAUCAAGCUUGCGAACCCGCGGAGAUCGCUUCUGAGCCAGGUGCUCCUGUCCAACUUUAUGUACUCGUACCUGGCCAAGGUGCAGGCCAUGCACCCACAGCUCAACGUGCCCGUAUCACCGCAGCAAAAGCGACAAGAGGAGGAGCGGAAGCGGCGCGAGCAGGAGCAGCAGCAGCAGCAACAAUACCUGCUGGAGCAGCAACAGCUUCAAGAGGCGGAACAGGACGGUGGCCAGAACAGCUUCGACCAGUACAACUUUGACUACCACCGCUCCUCAAACCAGUACGGGGACCCUCAGCAGCAGACCGAUAGCUCUCUCGACUACAUCGACGACUCGCAGAUAUACGAGUACGAGCAGCACGAGGAUGACCGGCGACGCGAUAAUGACAUGUGGUGAUAUGGUCAGCACGUGUAAGCCGGAGAUCUCGCUUGGUUCCCGCCUGCUAGCUCGCCCUCCAUCUCUCUGUCUCUCUCGCAACCCACCAUCUACCUAUCACCUAGUGUCUGCCACUUCUGGCGGCUGGCUGUUAUCGCUACUUCUCUUCUCAUUCACCUUUUCUGUCACUCGCUGUUCCAAAGAUGAACACAAACAAUCUAUUGACUGCAUAUAGACCGUGUCGCACACGAGUUAGCUUGGGGGAGAUUGACGUGCGGGCCGUGAAUAAAACGGCCGAGAUCGGGCCACUUCCAAGCUGAGGGAAAGCAUCUUGUUAUUUUUGCCCGAGAGACGGCCACAUACACCUUGGGACGAAGUAUCCCUAACUACUGAAAUAUCCACUUUAAGCCAAACACCCGUCAUAUCUGUUUCCAUCCUGUUUGUUCCCGUCUGUCGUCUUUGCUUUUGUGUUUCUACCAUCUUAUUCUUCCCUAUACAUUGGUACAGUGUCUGCCUACCGGCCAGCUGGGUCCCUGUCCAUUAAAUGUCACUCCACUCCUGGCAUCUUGCCCAGGCGACGGCGGGAGGCACUGGACAUUCUCUACACGGCCACUCGGUGUUUCAUUAUUAUUAUCAUUAUUAUUGCGGUUCUUUUUAUGUGCGAUGGUGGUGUUUUCUCUUGCUUCUAUCUUCACUUCCUUUUCCAUCAACAUUGAUACCGUGUUAUAUACUGGAAGCGUACGUGCAUAGCCGGCGAAAGGGGC